AUGUCUUCGGAAGGCGAAAAGCAGAAGGAGGGUGGUGAUGCCAGCCAGAGCUGGGGUGGAUGGGCGUCUUGGGCGACAAACGCUGUCACAAGUGCUGUUGAAAAAGUAAACAAUGUGGCGGAAGAAUCCAUCAACGCAAUUUCCGAAGCCUCCGAGUUCAUGCAGCGCGAUCUGGAAGAAUUCGCAAAAGUAGUGAAAGAGGAUUCAAGUGCGAUUCUGAGCGCAGCGACGGAAGCUUCCUAUCAAUCGAUUAAUCAUUAUGCAGGAGAAGAGAUUGCCAAGGAAACCGCGAAUUACACAAAGGCUGGCGUGUCUUUGCUUGGAACUGGCUUAAGAACUCUAGUUGAUGGAGUCGAAAAAGUCCUUCUGGAAUCCGACCACGAAUCCGAAGAUGACGAGGAAAUUUCAGAAAAUCAGAAAGAAACUCCAUCCCUUCCAGAGAACAAAUCGCAAACGAACCUAGAAGAGCCCAUUUAUGAAACGAAUCCGCAGAUCUAUCUUCGCGACCCUAUGGAUCCCAAUUUCGACAGCUGGAAAGCGAAUUUCAACAAAACUAUCGAAGCCAGAAAGAAUAAACUGACAGAAAUCUUGAUUGCCAGGACGAACGUUCGACUCAUGUACAAUAAACUAGUCCCGAAGAAAGCGAAUCAUAACGAUUUUUGGGCUAGAUAUCUCUAUCGUCUAGAGCUGGAAGGAUUAGUCCCUGACACAGAUCACGUGCAUGCCCCUGACGAACUUGAAUUAUCGACCACUUCUGCUCUUUCCGAAGGCGAAAAGCAAGGGGAAUCUUCUCCGUAUAGUGCCGAGUCUGAAUCCCUAGACGUUGUAAAUAAAGACGAAAUAAAGAAGAUCGCGGACAGCGAUGAAGACUGCGACAUGGACGAUUGGGAAAAAGACCUCGACUUGGACAUUACGGAGGAAGAAAUGAACAAAGCGCUGGCGGAAGUUGACGACGACUGGGACUUUGAAGAUGCUUGA